AUGAAGUUCACAACUCCGCAGCCAAUAAAGCAACCCCUGGAGCAAAGGGACAAAAGCAAGCAUUGCGCUUAUCAUCGAGACUAUGGGCAUUCAACCAAUGAUUGCAGAUCCCUCAGGCGACAGGUGGAGAAUAUGAUCACUAGAGGUGAGUUGACGGAUUACCUCAUGACAAAGGAGUAUGCAAAGCCCCGCGAGGUCUAUCCCCGCAAGGUGGAAGGUACGCAAGUAAAAGUCAUCCAUGCAAUACAUGGCAGGUCUGAAGAUGAUCAAGAGUCCGAGGAGGUAUACAGAUCCAGACUGAGGGCAACCCAUAAGCUUAGGAAGAUAUCCUCGGUCAACGCUAUCGCUUCGGGUAGCAUCAGUAUUGGAUUCGGAGAUGGCGACCUAUCCAGAGUUCAACUCCCCCACGAGGAUCCAUUGGUCAUCAGUCUUUUAGUGGCUAAUUGUAUGAUCAGGAGGGUUUUGGUAGAUCCAGGAAGUAACGCCAACAUAAUCACAAAUACGGUCUUUGAGCAGUUAGAGAUCCUGUCAUCAUCUAUUCGACCUACCUCCAGCUCGUUGAUGGGAUUCGAUGGCACAAGAGUAGAUCCCCUUGGAGUAAUAGACUUAUCCGUAACCGCGGCGAAGAGGACUCUAAAGGAGAACUUUGUUUUAACAGAGAUCCAUCCUUCUUACAAUCUCAUCAUGGGAAGAGGCUGGAUACAUCGGACGAGAAGAGUUCUGUCCACCCUUCACCAGGUGAUGCGGUGCUUAUCUCCGGACGGGAAAGAAGUAAUUAAUCUGUGGGGCGAUCAAGUCGCAGCGAAGGAAUGCUAUAUGUUGACACAAGUUGAAGCAAAGAGGGUGUCGACUCAACAGCAACCAGAAGAGGAAGAGGAAAUUGCGAAGCCCACCGAGGAGACCCUUGAAGCCGUGGAAGUUUUCCUCAGCAACCCUCAGAAGGUUACUUAUCUAGGCUUUUCCUCCGCGUCUGAAGAAAAGGAAGCGUUAAUUGAUGUUAUCCAGAGCAAUGCAGAUGCUUUUGCGUAG